GCAGCUGUGCAAACGGCACAUUCGCAAACGCAUUUCCCGGCCGCCCGGCCCCGCGGGAGCCCCAGCGCCGGAGCCGCAGCCCGCUCGCCCCGGGCCGGCGUCACCCCGCCCGCUGUGACGGCCCCGGCCCUCCCGCUGUGACGCCCCGAGCUGCCGCUUUUAAGCCGCCCCCUGCAGCCGCCGGCUCUCAGUGCUGUCGCCGCCGCAGCGGGACCGGCAGUGCGUGUGUGGCUCGGAGCGUCGGGAGCUGCGACCCAGCUCGGGACUCGCCUCUUCUCGGCUCUUCUCGCCUUCGCAACGCCCUCUAACGUUGCUCUCCCGGGACUCGGUUCUGGGCUUCUCUUGCCCUCUCCGCGCCCACUCCCCUUGGUCUCCGGGGCUCGUCAGAGUCCGCCGGGCGACUCCUGCGGCUGCUCAUCCCGGAGCGGGCCGUGCCCUCGUCUCCCCCGCACCAGGCAGAGCUCCAUGGCACUGCUCAGGAGGGUGCGGGAGCGGCCGCCGUCUGACGGCGCUUCCGCGCCCAGCACCGCCGGGGCCUCGGAGCUCCGGGAGAAGCGCCGGGCGGGCUGCACGGCGCGGCCGCCCGUGGCGACCUGGCCUGGCUGCAGCAGCGCUGGUGGCGGAAGAGAUUCUCCAUCAACUCGCGGGAUGCCAACAAGCAGUAAGAGGCGGGCAGUGCCCAUAGCGAAGACACACGUGCUCUGGCUGGAAGAGCCGGCGAAGCCCCACACGAUCGCAAGCACCCUAGGGACAGGCCGGCUCCACAGCGCUGCCCUUAGCGGAGGCCCGCCCCAGCUGGGACAGGAGCCAGCGGAUGCGCUCUGGCACCAGAAACCUUGCUUUCGGCUGCUUUUUUGGCAGUUGAGCCUUGUGCCCCUAGGUGGUUGGCACCACAGCCUGAAACGAUGUCUUCAGCCGUCUUGUCUCUGCUAACUGGAUGUAUUUAAUUUCUAGGACGCCUCUGCAUCUUGCUUGUGCAAACGGCCAUGCAGAUGUCGUUCGCUUUCUGGCAGGAAAGCGGUGCCAGCUCAACCCUCAUGGCAUGUUUGAGAAAACACCACUGAUGCUGGCAGUAGAGCACGAGCACAAAGACUGCGUGACUGCUCUGCUGGAGCACGGUGCCGACCCUGACCACAGAGGUGCUGGCGGCAACACUGCCCUUCACAUGGCUGCCAUCAUGCCCAGCAAAGCGAUGGUGGAGCUCUUACUCGAGCACAAUGCCCAGAUUGAGGCUAAGAAUGUGUUGGGAUACACUCCUCUUGCCGUUGCCAUCCUCCAACGCCACGAAGAGAUGGUUGAGUUCCUCAUUCAAAAAGGAGCUGAUGUGCACACUCGAGAUCUGCAUGACAGGACCACUCUUGUGAUUGCCGCUUAUGCUGGGAAUGUGAAUGUACUACGGCUUCUUCUUCAGCAUGGUGUUGAUCUUUUUCAUCGAAACAAGCAUGGCUUUAACGAUUUGGGUAAUCGCCGUCAGUUUAAGCCUGAAGUUAUAAAGACACUGGAGGAAUAUGAAAACUGUAAAAGAACAGGAGAACGCUCUGUAGGAGGCACAGGAGGUCCAGCAGUACCUGAGAUCUCUUGCUCUGGGACGACUGCUGCCCCUCCCAUGGGAGCACCUGUGCAGACUGGAGCAGGUGUCUUGCCAGAAGCUGGAGCACAGCAAGAGGAGGAAUGUGACUCCGUGUCUGAUUUAGACCUAACUUCUCUGAAGACUGAUUCUGAAGGUCCAGAGGAAGUGUCAGCUGUCAUGCUGCCUCAUGGUGCAAACCAACAAGGAGCGUGUGCGCAGCCUGUUGCAGAGGAGCAUCACAUUGGUGUGUUGCCAGCAGCAGGUGCAGCACAAGAAGAAGAAGAUUUUGACUUCUCUUCUUUGGAUGAGGUUUUUGCACUGGAGAGAGAAGAGCUUCCGCUCAAGAAGGAGGCUUCAACACAAACCGAUGGUCAAGGCGACACUGAGGGAUUCAUCAGGUGGCUGCGGCAGGAGCUUGUCAGCGCUCUCAGAAACUGCUCCAGAGCAGAAGUUUCACUUGAAGUCGAGAAGCGCUGCAGCAGGGACCUGCAGCAACAGAAACUGCAGCUGCAGAAGGAACUGAACCAUUCUAAAGCUCAGCUGCAGGAACUGCAAGAACGGCUGAUCCGAAGCGAGUGUUAUGCCGAGGCCCUGGAGAGUGCCAUAAAGAAUAAGGAGAGGGAGCUAACAGCUGCCAGGAACCUGCAGAGCCUUCUGGUCACCUCUUCUGGAACUGCAGCUAUCCCAGAGCUGGAAGAACGCGUGCAACAGCUCCAAGAUGGAAUGGGCAAGCUGGAAGCCGCAGGCCGGCAACAAGCCAACACCAUGGAAGCCCUUCUGAAAGAGCUGCGAGCCUCUGCCUCACGUGGGAGCGAAAGCAAGGAAUUGAAGAAGCCGUCUGAGAAGAAACGCCAAUUGGAAGCGAUUCUGGAGGAAACACAGACAAGUAAUGGCACCCUGGAGGAAGAACCUAGCGGCUUGGAGACGCUUCUGGAGGCAUCUCAGGCAAAGCUGAUGGAAUAUACAGUGAGGAAGAGAGAGUCCCAGCCCAGUUUCCAGAGAGGCCUGAAGAACAGCUGUUCUGAGGUGGCCAAGCAAGUUGGUAAACAGAGAAGAAAGGUGACAAAAGGAGUCUCAAUGGCCUCCCGCCUUCCGGAUUUCCACAGAACUGGAGGUGCAGUUGCAACAACACAUGCAGCAGGCAAGAUAAACCCAGGACCUGUGAGAAGUUUUUCCGCUUUGCGUGGGACUCAGGAACAACCAGUCUGGAACCUGGGCUUAGCCUCAGAAGUCAUUCGGGACUCCCGUGGUAGGUCACAGCCAAGUAAAGCAUUCUAAAAGAGAGAUGGGAGAAAGAGCUGGACAAGAAAUAAGGCAAAAACCUCAAGAGGUUGAUCCCUAUCUCCACGGAACGCAAUUUUCCACUUGUGGCUGUAGCCCACAGGCUGUAGCUUUGUUAUUGACACAUCUGAGUGUCUGGUUUUCUGGAUCUGGAUCUGCACAUUAGUGCUGUACUUCCAGAAUCCAGUUUCCAGUGCCACCUUUGGCCCAGCCUGCUGUAUAAACUAACAGCCCACACUAACCCUUCCCCAGCCACUGCUGAGCCUCCAGCGCCAUCAGCCCUGACAAGAUGCCAGAGCAGAGGAAGUGCCGGUGCCCGAAACCAGAGUGGUUGCAAGAGAGAGCAAUGAAGCCUGCAAACCUUGACGUUCCAUCUUGUGCAGCCAUUUUCCUGCGUCUGAUGCCAGCUGUACUGUUGCAGCGUGCUAUUUAAUAAACUGUGUCAUCUAGUCCGUGUCUUCGUUUUGCUGCCCAAUUGGAGU